CCUCCAUGGCCACCAGCUAAAAGGGAAAGAGUCCAAAGCUCCAGCGCAGAUCCAAGGAGAAAGCCGGGCCCAAAGUUUCACUGAGCAGCUCCAGGAUGUUCCAGCUGCUUCCGGGUCACACCCAGCCGUCUGGACACCAAACCCGAAAAAGCCGUUUGGUCACCAAAGACGGACACUGCAACAUCGAGUUUGGAAACAUUGAGUACAGUAACCACUUUGCCUUCGUGGUGGACUUCUGGACCACCUUUGUGGAAAUCCGCUGGCGCUUCGUCCUUGUCCUGUUUGUGGCUGCCUUCACUGGCAGCUGGUUCAUGUUCAGCCUCUUGUGGUACUGGAUCGCAAAGAGCAACGGGGACCUGACGGCACAGAACCAAACAGAGCAGCACGUCCGUUGCAUAGACAAUGUUAACGGCCUCACAACGGCGUUCCUGUACUCACUAGAAACACAAACCACUAUUGGUUAUGGUGGCAGGGCGCUGACUGGGCACUGUGCUGGCACGGUGGCUCUGAUUAUCAUCCAGUCUCUAGUUGGCGUCUUCAUCAACUGCUUUAUGUGUGGCAUCAUCCUGGCCAAGAUCUCCUUACCCAAAAAAAGGGCAAAGACUGUCACCUUCAGUAACACAGCGGUCAUCUGUCUGAAGAAAGGAAGUCUUUGUCUCCUCAUCAGAGUGGCCAACCUUAGAAAGACCUUACUGAUUGGAAGCCAGAUUUAUGGGAAGCUGCUGAGGACGACCACCACUCCAGAUGGAGAGACCAUCAUCCUGGAUCAGGUGGACGUUGACUUCAUGGUUGAUGCUGGCAAGGAUAACUUAUUCUUUGUUUGUCCGCUGACACUCUUCCACGUCAUUAACAGAUCAAGUCCAUUCUACGAGCUGUCCGCUGACAGUCUCCCCCUACAGGACUUUGAGUUGGUGGUGUUUUUAGACGGGACGGCUGAGUCUACCAGCUCAUCAUGCCAGGUACGAACCUCGUACGUCCCACAGGAGAUCCAGUGGGGCUACAGCUUCCUCCCCAUCAUCUCCCGCACUAAAACAGGAAAGUAUCGAGUGGAUUUCUCAAACUUUUCCAAAAGUGUCCGAGUUACCACGCCGCACUGUGUCCACUGCUUUGAGACGAACGUAGACCAGAGGACGCCCAACAAGGAGAACCACAUCAACCAGCUGAAGCUGGGCAUCGACAACCUGGGCUUCCAGGUGAUCGACAUUCCUGACCCGGUGGAUGUCACAAAAAUGUGAAACAUACCUAUUCUAGAGGAAAGGUCAAAGCUACCAGGGCUACUGAAGAUAAAAAUAAAAGGAAGAGAAAAUUUCUGCCAAAAAAAUGUUGGAAUUAAUCUAAAAAAUGUUCUAAAGAAAAAAUGGAUGUACAUGUUUGAAAAGUCUAAAAAUUUAAAUUUGGACA